CACCAACGAUCCAUGCGGUUCCGCUGCUUUCGCUGCCUGCUACAUGGCGCAAAUCUGGCGUGCCGGCUUCGUCGUGGACGGGCAAGAGGUGGAGCUGGUUAUCGUGGAUGCGGAUAAGCUCGAGCAAACAAAGGCCAGUCAGCUGCCAUCGUUGGCACAGCAAGUGUUGGAAAUGCCGAACUGCUAUGAGUGUGAGAAGGAGUGGCCGUUUGAGCAUGUGCUUGGCUUGGGCAAUUUGUUGAAGGAAGUCGGGGAGGGCUGGUCUCCAGGGUUGGCCACAUAUCUCACUUGGUCGUCUCCUGCUGGGGAGCUACAUGCCUUGGGGCUGGGAAGCAACAAGAAACGACGCAAGAUUGCAGCCCUUUUGGCCUUGACCCUUUGCCGUCUCUGUGGAAGUCAUUGGCCAGCUCCUCCUGAGCUUCGUGAUGAGUUGUACCAGGCCACCGCUGCAACAGUGCUGCGUCCGCCGCUGCGCCCUGGCGUGGCCGUAUCGGCCUCCAUACCGGUUGCGGGGCAGCAGGAGCACGACUGGCCAGACUGGCAAGACUGGCGCCGGUCACGAAGAGAAGACUGGUUGCCACUGUCAGGCUCAUGGGUUUGGUGGAGCAGUGACAUUUUAGUGGUUCUCUGUGAGGAUGUGUCCGCCCAGAUUUUCGCGGAUGCCAGGACAUGGUUUUACGAAGUCGCGGAGGUGCAGCAAGAACCGGAGGAACAAAGAGCCCCACGCGAAUUGAACCAACGCACCCAGCAGAUAUUUCCAGAUAUUUUCUUCACCAGCCUGUUCAGACACCAAACCCACGCGGUGGUUGGUGUAGGCCGGGAUCUCGAACAUCGCAAGAGAGCAGGAUGUUUGGGAUUGGCGGCGCGGAUAUCCAGAGGCAGCCUAUGUUUGACACGCGUGCAAGGUCAGGUUGUGGAUGAAGUGUUCCAAAGCCCAUGGCUUCCACAAGAACCCAUCCAACGCUUUUUUGAUUUGGAGAACCACGGCUUUUGGCAAAACAUCGAGAUUUGGCAGGAGUCUGAAGAACACAAAGUUGCACCGCUCACAAAAAAGAAUCUAUCUGAUAUUCGCAUGAACUGCCAGCCGGCAUUGUUGAGGACACUGGAGGACAAGGGAAACAUGGAGAUUGACUUGACACACUCUCGCCGCCCAUGGCUGGGGAUUCUUAAGGCACAUCAGGAGCUAAAAUGGAUCACUGGAUCGGACAUCAAUCGCUUCAUCGUUGCAGUCGACCGAGAAAAACUGGAUCCCUACCAGGAGGUUCCCAUGAUCUACUUUGAAGUGCGCACGGCGGAUGGACACCGACACCGCUUCCGGGACUUGGACCGCACCGAAGAGACCAUGUUUCGGCAGCCGGAAAAGAAGGAUAUCACGUUGGCCUUUCGGCUGGCAGGUGGCUGGGAGGUGCAAGGCCGCUGGACUGCGUUUGAAGUAAAUGUCUUCCAGAACCUCAUUGAGAACUUCAGGGAAAAGGAGCGGCCUGAUGGAUGGCAUGAAGACGAUUUUCUGAUGCCCCUUCCGACAAAAUCUUCUAUUUUUGCUUGGAAGUUGUCGGAGGAGCUUCGGAAACAAUUCAACACCUGGUUGCAGAGCCGCACCCGGUGCCAAGCUGUAGACCAGGUGCGGGCGCGGACGCUGGAUGUGGAUCUGAAGGCCACCUUCGAGGACACCAUGGAAGGUUUCUUGCGGGAAUUUGAGGUGAGUGAUGAAACUUUCUGUUCCAGUGACGACUUCUACCAUGAGACUUCGAGUGCUUGGGCGCCUGAAACAAGAAGAAGUGGAGAGUCAGGCCGUCGAGGAGACCCUUGGAUAUGCAUUAACUUUUUUGAAACUAAGACUCUUGUGCAUGUGCACACGGAACAACAUGAGGCUAUUGUGAACUCAUUUUGGUACGUUAAUUUUGUAGCUAUGUUUUUCUCCCAGCAUGUUGGAGCAACUCGAGGGUACGUUCACCCAGAAACAGAAGCUGAUGUUGGACAUUGCGUUGGCUGAAGGUGUGCGGUCUUCAUUGCUCAAACCCUUAGACCCCUCACGGUGUCCAGAUGUGGAAAGAAAUUUCUUUUGUGACUGGUGCCAUGCGAGUGAAGACAUCCGCUUCUCCCAUGUGGAUGUCAGCAGUGAGUUCCUUCACGGGGAUGGGCAUAGGGGAACCCGCCUUCAGACUUUGGUCCGGGAGCUGGUGGAGGGAACAACGGAUUCUGCACAGAUCCCAGCACUGGUAGCAGUCCGAGUUCAAGGCAUCCGGCAUGUUGUGUGCGGCAAUCGACGUUUAAAAUGCUACAAGAUGGCUUGGCAGAGGGGCGCAGACUGCUGGUUCAAGAUGAUUGUUCAUGAGUUUCCGAGAUGCCCCAAAAUCCAGGACGAGAAACAGCGACUUGCAUUCAUCCUAAAGGCCAUCCAGGCAAUGUCCACUGAGAACCACGGCCAGGAUGUUGACAUACGUCGCAGGCACUGAAAAAAGGAAGACAAGCAAGAGCGGCGACCUAGGGUGGAAGAAAAGUGGUGGCUCACUUUUUUCAGCUAUUGGGG